AUGCAGGUGAUCAUCCGUGAAGAAGGCAUCCUUGGUCUCUGGUCAGGGGCUGCCCCGACUGUUUUGCGCAAUGGGAUAAACCAGGCUGCCAUGUUUACGGCCAAGAACUUUUUCGAUGGGGUCUUGUGGGGAAAACGCGAAGGAACUGUUGGGCCUUGCUGCAAAAGUCCAUUUGAUGCUGUAAAAAUGAGGCUGAUGGCUCUGAGCCGAUCUGUUGGUGAGUUGAAGUAUAGAGGCAUGUUUCAUGCUAUAGCAACCAUAUAUAUGGAGGAAGGGUUGCUCGCCUUGUGGAAGGGGACUGCUGCCCCGGCUAAUGAGAAUCCCACCUGGCCAGGCGAUCAUGUGGGUUGUGGCUGA